CUCUGAGGUUUUCCACACUUUACUGAUUAACUGCUCUUAUGUUUGCACAAGAGUUUAAUUUAUAUUAGACUCUCUAGAUAAAUAGAUCAGCAAAAGCAGUUUCUUCUUAUCUUUCCCCCACCGCCAUGGGGAGGUCUGUUCUCAGUCUGGUGGCCGUAUUUGCAUUCUGGUUCCCAACUAUUUCUCAAAGCAAACUGUGCACACUUAUCACUCCCAGUAUCUUGAGGGUGGAGAGUGAAGAGAAGGUUGUGGUCGAAGGUCACGGCAUCAGCAGUCCAGCCGAGGUUACAAUUACCGUCCAAGACUUCCCCGCCAAAAAUUAUAUCCUAUACCAGGUCAAAACAACCUUGGAUACUAAUAAUAAUAUGAUGGGCAUAGCUGUAAUAAAGGUUCCUUCCAAAGAUCUAAAGAAAGAUCCCAAAGUUAAGCAGUAUGUGAUUGUCCAUGCCAAAUUUCCCCAGAUGAGCUUAGAGAAGGUGGUUCUGGUCUCAUUUCACAGUGGCUACGUCUUCAUCCAGACAGAUAAAACCAUCUACACACCUGGAUCUACAGUCUACUACCGACUUUUUACAGUGGGCCACAAACUAGAACCAGUGAUGAAACCAGUUAUCGUUGAACUUGAAACUCCAGAAGGGAUCAUUGUGAAGAGGGACACUGUAUCCUCAGUCAGUAAAUCAGGCAUCAUCUCCACAUCCUACCACUUACCUGAACUUGUCAAUCUAGGCACCUGGAAAAUCACGGCCCAAUAUGAAGAUUCCUAUCAUCAGAACUUCAGUGCGCAGUUUGAUGUUAAGGAGUAUGUGUUGCCCCGUUUUGAAGUCACACUGGAGCCAUCAGAGAAGUUUUUUUACAUUGAUGGCAAUGACGAUCUCAGGGUUGAUAUUUGUGCAAGAUUCCUCUAUGGCAAAGAUGUGCAGGGCAAUGCCUUUGUCCUUUUCGGUGUGGCUGUUGGGGAUGAGAAGAAGAGCAUCCCCCAGUCUCUGAGGAGAGUGGAGAUAACUGAUGGAAAUGGGGAGGCAGUGCUGACCCGUGCCAUGCUCCAAUCCCGAUUUGCCAACCUCACUGAGCUCAUCGGCCACUCCAUCUACAUCAGCGUGACCGUUCUGACAGAAUCAGGCAGUGAUAUGGUGGAAGCAGAGAAAACUGGAAUUUACAUUGUUACAUCCCCCUAUGAGAUCCACUUCACAAAAACCUCCAAGUACUUCAAGCCAGGGAUGCCCUUCGAACUCAUGGUCUAUGUCACCAACCCCGAUGGCUCUCCAGCUUCACGUGUCCCCGUGAAGAUCAGGGGCUCUGAUGACCUGCGACUGACUCAGGGAGACGGGACAGCCAAGCUGAUUAAGAAUACAGCUGGAGACAGCUCCCAGCUGCCUAUCACUGUACAAACUGCCCAUAGAGAGCUCCCAGAAAACCGCCAGGCUUUGAGAGACAUGGUGGCACAGGCCUACCAAACCCAGGGAGGGUCUAAAAACUAUCUCCACCUGGGGAUUGCUAACAUUGAGAUCAAGACCGGAGACAACUUACUCGUAAACUUCAACUUAAAAACAAACAGUGAGUCUGUCAUGAACCAGAUCCACUACUUCACCUACCUGAUCCUGAACAAAGGCAAGAUUGUCCAUGCUGGCAGACAGAAGAAAGAGGCUGGACAGGCUUUGGUGACCUUGUCUCUACCAGUCACACCAGACCUCAUCCCAUCUUUCCGCUUCGUGGCUUACUACCACAUCGGGCAGGAGAUAGUGGCUGACUCAGUUUGGGUGGAUGUUCAAGACACCUGCAUAGGAACAUUGGUGGUGAAAGGAGCCACUGAGGCAGACAAUAGAAUCCACAAACCCGGGUCCUCAAUGAAAAUAAAAGUGGAAGGAGAUGCCGGAGCCCAUGUAGGACUGGUAGCUGUGGACAAAGGCGUCUAUGUUUUGAACAAGAAGCACAAAAUCACCCAAACAAAGAUCUGGGAUGCCGUGGAGAAGAGCGAUAUCGGUUGCACACCUGGCAGUGGCAAGGACAACAUGGGCGUGUUCACCGAUGCUGGACUUGCCUUGGCCACCAAUCAUAUUUCAACACCCUCGCGAUCAGAUUCUAGAUGUCCCCAGCCCGCAAGACGCAGGCGUCGCUCUGUUCAGCUUAUUGAGGUCAAGGCCACCAGAGCUGCCCAGUACCAGGACAAGGCUGAGAAGAUAUGCUGUGAGGAUGGGAUGCACGAGAAUCCGAUGGGACACAGCUGUGAAAAACGGGCGACCUACAUCCUGGACACAGACAGGUGCAAAAAAGCCUUCCUUGACUGCUGCAACUUUAUCAAGACCGUGCGGGAUGAAAAGCAACGGGAGCUUCACCUAGAACUGGCCAGAAGUGACCUGGAUGAUGAUUUCUUAUCAGAGGAGGAUAUCGUCUCAAGAAGCCACUUUCCAGAGAGCUGGUUAUGGGAAGUAGAACAUCUGAAUGAGCCACCGAAUAAAGAGGGAAUUUCUUCCAAGACAGUGCCUCUUUACCUGAAGGACUCAGUCACUACAUGGGAAGUGCUGGCUGUGAGCCUGUCAGAAACCAAAGGGAUCUGUGUGGCCAAUCCCUAUGAGAUCACGGUGAUGAAAGAUUUCUUCAUUGACCUCCAGUUGCCAUAUUCUGUGGUACGGAAUGAACAGGUGGAGGUCCGGGCCAUUCUCUACAACUACCUGCCAGACAAAAUCAAGGUCCGAUUGGAACUGAUGCACAACCCAGCUUUCUGCAGCAUGUCCAACUCCAAAAGGAAAUACAGGCAGUUCUUCGACGUCCAGGGCAAAUCUUCCCGGGCAGUGCCUCUGGUGAUUGUCCCACUGCAACUGGGACUACAUGAUAUCGAAGUGAAAGCAGCAGUGUGGGAAAAAUAUAUGGCUGAUGGGGUGAAGAAGAAACUGAAGGUUGUGCCUGAAGGGAUGAAGAUAACAAAAACUAUCAUAUCUGUUGUGUUGGAUCCAGUUAAGGCUGGUGGAGUUCAGGAACAGAGGAUAGAAGCUCUAGAUCUAGAUGACAUCGUUCCAAACACAGAGUCAGAAACUAAAGUCAGCGUCCAAGGAAAUCCCGUGGCCCUGAUUGUCGAAAGCUCCAUUGACGGGGCCAACCUGAAGAACCUCAUUGUGACGCCAGGCGGAUGUGGUGAACAGAACAUGUUCAGGAUGACCCCAACUGUCAUCGCCACCCACUACCUGGACAGCACCGGGCAGUGGGAGAGAGUUGGGCUAGACCGCAGGGCAGAAGCCAUCAACCUGAUCAUGAACGGUUACACACAGCAACUGACUUAUAAGAAAGGAGACUACUCAUAUGCUGCCUUUUCUCAUCGACCUUCGAGCACCUGGCUGACAGCGUAUGUAGCCAAAGUCUUUGCCAUCGCUAGCAGGGUUGCACCAAUAGAAGACAAUGUCAUCUGCGGGGCUCUGAAAUGGCUGGUCCUAGAAAAGCAGAAACCAGAUGGGAUUUUCGAAGAGACUGCCCCUGUGAUGUCUCAGGUCAUGACAGGAGGUUACCAAGGUGCUAAACCAGAAGCAACUUUAACAGCUUUUGUUCUUAUCGCCCUGCUGGAGUCUGGUGACAUGUGUGCAAAUCGGGUUUCUGCUCUGAAGACAAGCAUCAUCAAAGCUGGAGAAUACUUAUCCAAACAGUAUGAAUCCCUAGCAAGACCCUAUACAGUGGCCAUAACUUCCUAUGCGUUAGCAUUGCUGGGAAGGCUCAACAGCGAGAGGGUGCUUCUGAAUGCGUCCAAAGCCUUUGAAAAGGACCACUGGGAAGAUCAGGAUGGCUCCCGUACCUACAAUAUUGAGAGCACCUCGUAUGCACUGCUAGCUCUGCUGCGCAUGAAGAAGUAUGAGCUUGCUGGCCCCAUUGUGCGGUGGCUCUCAGAGCAGAAGCACUAUGAAGGAAGCUACGGCUCCACCCAAGCCACCAUCAUGGUGUUCCAGGCCCUUGCCCAGUAUCAGAUCGACAUCCCACAGCAUUUGGACUUGAAUCUGGAUGUCUCCAUUCAUCUGCCGGGUCGUAGCAGUGCUAUCAAGUACAGAAUUGUGAACGACAAUGCUAUGCUGGCAAGAACAGCAGAGACAAAACUCAACAAGGACUUCAUUGUGAAAGCAGAAGGAACAGGAGAAGGGGUCUUGACUGUGGUGACUAUUUACAAUGCAAAGUCUACCAAGAAUGAAUCCCAGUGCAACAAGUUUGACUUGGAAGUAUCUGUUGAAGAAGCCCAAAGCGUGAGGCGCCCAGAAGGAGCCCUACGAUCAGUCUUCAUCACAAUCUGCACCAGGUUCCUAGGUGAAGUAGAUGCCACCAUGUCCAUCAUUGACAUCUCCAUGCUCACAGGCUUCUCUCCAGACACAGAGGAUCUGAACAGGCUCUCCAGAGGUGUUGACAGGUACAUAUCCAAGUACGAAUUGGAGAAGGCCGCAUCUGAAAGAAGCACCCUCCUCAUUUACCUGGAUAAGGUUUCCCAUACAGAGAAUGAAUGCUUGAAGUUCAAAGCACACCAGUUCUUCGAGGUGGGGCUCAUCCAGCCAGCAUCAGUGACUGUAUAUGACUACUAUGGCUUAGAUAACCGCUGUACCAAGUUCUACCACCUGCCUUCUCAGACUGGCCAGCUCAGUAAGAUCUGUCAUGAGGAUGUUUGCCGCUGUGCAGAAGAAGAGUGCUUCGUGCAGCACAGGAGGGACAGUGACAUCACGCUAGAUGGGCGAAUUGAAGAAGCCUGCGAACCUGGGGUGGAUUAUGUAUAUAAGACCAAGCUGGUGAGCAAGAAAGAGGAAAGCAGUUACGACAACUACAUGAUGGAGAUCCUGCAGAUCAUCAAAGCAGGGUCAGAUGAAAACCCCCGAAGUGGAAAUCGCAGGUUCAUCAGCCACAUUAAGUGCCGGGACUCACUGAGUAUGGAGGUGAACAAGAACUAUUUGAUCUGGGGCCUGAGCAGCGAUUUGUGGAACAUGAAAAAUGGACUCUCCUACUACAUCAGCAAGGACACCUGGAUCGAGAAGUGGCCGAAUGAGGAGGAAUGCCAGGACCCAGAUUUCCAAACUCUGUGCCAGGAAUUCGAGGAGUUCUCCCAAGCCAUGACCAUGUUUGGUUGCCCCACUUAAUUCUGGGGGUUGGCACUUCCAGCUGGGCGUGGGUAAGAAGGCUUCAGCUUCAUACAGAGAGUAAUAAGCAGGCUGCAACAUGCACCCAGAGUUGGUGCUCUCGCUUCUGGAUCCCCUGAUGGCUUGUGGUUUGUCUUGAUUCCUUCACCCACCUCCAAGUGACCAAUCCUCUCUGAAUAUAGCAAUAUAAAAAGCCUGAUUUCAUACUCCAGCCUCUUGUAUGGCCCUUUCAGCAACAAGUAUCUAGUCUCCCCACAUAACAUGGUGAUGUGGGAUCAUUGGAUCCUAGGAGAGCAGGUCUGGAAGGGACCUCAGCAGGU